CGAGCCGCGCAGGAGAACCACGGAGAUCCUAACGGGAGGACGUCGGAUGCGCCUCUGAGUCUCACGAUACGGCCGGAAGUAUCUGUCCAACUCCUCAGGGACCUGGUGAAGAAUGGAGUGGUAUGUCCUGGUGCUGAUGCUGAGCUUGCCGCCCUCCAUCCGCGCAGAUUGCUCCUUGCAGUGCGAGAAAUGCGUGCAGCAGAUCCUCGGCCCCGACGCCGCCUUCAGCAGCCUGUCGUGCAGCGCGGAGUGUGAGGGGCAGCUGGAGAGCUGCGAGCGCGCUCCGGUGCUGGCGGACUUCAGCCAGGGCGAAGCGGCGGCGGCGGAGAGCCAGCGCGCCGACCUGGUGAAGCGCUACGGCGGCUUCAUCAAGAGGAUUGACCACAAGAACAAGAACGCGCUGUUCGCGUCUCCGUGGCGCGAGAACUACGUCCUGAAGGCCGCGCCGCUGCCCGAUCAGUACGAGGACUUGCUGAAGAGGCUCGGGGAGAGGGACGCGGAGGAGGCGCCGGACGCGGCGGCGGCGGACGACGAAGCGGCGACGCUCCUCCGCGGCUACGCGAAGCGUUACGGAGGCUUUUUACGCAAAUUCGGCCCAAAGUCAAAGAGGAGUAGCUCCGCGGACGAAGAUGAGGAUGAGGACGAGGAGAGCCAAGAGCCAGAGGAGCUGCAGAAGCGCUACGGGGGCUUCAUGAGGCGGAUCCGGCCGAAGCUCAACAACCUGAAGUGGGACAAGCGGUACGGAGGGUUUCUGCGCCGCCACUUCAAGAUCUCCGUGCGCGCGGCGGAGGAACCGGACUACCAGGACGAUUUGGGCUUAUAGAUGAACUCUGCGUGAGGGGGCGACUGGGCUUCAGAUAUCCACUACGCUCACAUCUGAAGCGUGAGGAGGAACCAGAAGGACGAGCGAGAGGAACUCAGAACUUGACGCGCCUUUCUCCAUCAGCGCGAGGAGCCUCUUUAUGCUUUACGUGUACAAAUAAUUAUCCUGUGUUGUUGGAAUCAUAGUCUGUCGUUCAAUAAAUGCUUGUUUAAUAAAAACCAGGAAAAAAAGCACUUUCA